AUGGCUCUUCUUCCAAUGGCCAUGUAUGGCCUCGAGGUGCCGCCGGGCGAUGUUGCGAUCAUGGCACACGCUGACAUUCCUGCUUCUUUCCGUGUGACCAUGGCCGCCAUUGACCCCAGCGCUGAGCCCGAGGGUGACGAUGGCGAGGUAGCGCGCCCGCGCGCUACACUCAAAGUCUUGCGUCUUCCUCUUGGCGAAGACGAUGACGACUCGGAUGAUGAUCUCGACAUCGACGAGCUGGACGCCCAGUUCGGAGAGAGUGACAGCGAGGAGGACUCGGAGGAUGACGAUGACGAGGACCUGAACGGCGGGCCCAGCGAUCCUGCCAAGAGCAAGAAGGCGAGACAGGAAGCUGCCGCCGCGCAGAUCAAGCAGCUCCUCAUGGAUGAGGGCAUGGACGUCGAUGAUGACGAGGACGACGAGGAUAUCCCGAACGGUAUCAACGGCACUACGAAGUCUAGCAAGGCGCUCGGCAAGCUGCCCAAGGGCGAUAACGACGAAGAUGAGGAUGAGGACGAUUCGGACCUCGAUGAGGAUGACAUGGGCGCGGAGAUCGAAGAGUUCGUCAUCUGCACUCUUGAUCCGGAGAAAAGCUACCAGCAAACCCUCGACCUCACCUUCGGCGAAGACGAGCGUGUCUGGUUCAAGGUCACCGGCACCCACACCAUAUACCUCACUGGCAACUACGUCGAGCCCGUCCAAGAUCCUUCCGGCUUGUUCGACCCGGACAGCGAUGAAGAGGACGAGUACGAUCUGUCUCCGGGCGAGGAGGAGUUUGAUGACUCGGACGACGAGGAGAUUGACGAGCUGGACGAUAUGGACGAUCCUCGUGUCAUGGAGUUGGACGACGAUGAGGCUGACGCGCCUAAGCUGGUGAAGGCCAAGAUCGUGGAGAAGGGCAGCAAGAACAAGCGUCCCGCUCCCGACUCUGCAGACGAGGAGGACGGUGCUGAAACCAUCGAUGAGCUGAUUGCCAAAGAGGCCAAGCUUGCGCAGCCCACCGAGAAGCUCAGCAAGAAGCAACUCAAGAAGCUCAAGAAGAACGACGGUGCCGCAGCAGCCGCACCCGGUGCCGAGAUUGAGCAGCCUGCGUCGAACAAGUCCGACAAGAAGGUGUCCUUUGCCGCCCAGCUCGAGCAAGGCCCGACCCCCACCAAGGACGCCAAGACCGCCGACAAGAAAGACGACAAGUCGAAGGCGACUCUCGGCGUCAAGACGGUGCAGGGCGUCACCAUCGACGACAGGAAACUCGGAUCCGGUCAAGCGGCCAAGAACGGCGACCGUGUCAGCAUGCGCUACAUUGGCAAGCUGCAGAAGGACAACAAAGUUUUCGACAACAACAAGAAAGGCAAGCCCUUCACCUUCAAGCUCGGUGCCGGCGAGGUGAUUAAGGGAUGGGAGAUUGGUGUGCAAGGCAUGCAAGCCGGCGGCGAGAGGCGCAUCACCGUCCCCGCGCACCACGGCUACGGUUCGAAGAGAGCUGGCGAGAUCCCACCCAACUCCACCUUGAUCUUCGACAUUAAGUGCCUCGAUAUCAACAAGGGCAAGUAG